UAGCGAAAGUGAUGGGUGUCAAAAACACUUACCUUAGGGCAAAGGAGUGACGCUGGAUAGCAAAAAAAUGAGUAUCUUAAAACGUCAACACAUUUAUUCCUUUAACCUUAUUAAGUCAAUUUAAAAUGUCUGUUUUCAAUCAUGUCUUUGCAAUAAAUGCUAAAACAUGCCUGAGGACUGAAGAUUGAGUACAAUAAAGACUGCUGACACAAGGAGUUUCCUUCAUCGAAUGAAGUUGAGUGAAGAAUUUGCAUUUUUCAAAAAAAAAAAAAAAAAACUUUGUAUCACUCGCACUGGAUGUGACGAACUAGAACACAAAGAUUUCUUAUGGAGCAGAAAAAUGGGGUGGCUGCCACGUUCCUCAUCGCCCUGGCUCAGCUAAGAGGAGUCAAAUCAACGCCCGUGUUUCUGGAAGGAGUCAAAUCAACGACCGUGUUUCUGGAACCGAAUUCGGCAAACGGGGGAAAUACGGCAAUUCCGGAUCAACGCAUAACACCGUCCCAAAGCCCAAAGGAUAGUGAACAGCGAAAUCCCGAUAGUGAAAAUGGUGACGUAAAUACAGUUACUAUCAGUAAUAAUGAGGACGAUGAUGCGAAUGCUGAAUACAGCGGUGAUUUUAAUGAUUACGGUGAAGAUUCCAGUGGUGAUUUCGCUGACGGUGACUACGGUGGAGAUUACAGUGAUGUUUUUGCCGACUACAAUGGCACGUCUUACGAAUAUGAUUAUGUCUACGAUAACACCAGUAGUACUGGGAACUACAGUGAACAAAACGACAACGACGAUGAUGAAGAUACAGACUUAGAGUAUGGCGAUGAAUACAGCGAAAAUGACGAUAGUGAGGAUGAUGAUGAUGACGAUGAUGAUGACGAUGAUGAUGAUUAUGAUGAUGAUGAUGAUGAUGAUGAUGAUGAUGAUGUGAUGAUGACUACGACGACGGAGACGAAGGUCAUGGCCAGCCGUCUGACCACCACCAUCACCUCAUCACCGGACAGAACGGCGCCAGCAUCGAGGUUGACGACGAUGGGAAGGUCUACAUGUUCCUGAAGGUGAACGAGACGUUCGACCCCACCAAGUAUUACCUCGAGGUCGGGAACAACACCAAGUUACUCCUCGACCUAGGGGAGGCGCAAGGAAACGUCACUAAGGAUUAUGAAUUCGUCACUCCCCCCCUUCCUGACGGAGAUG